UUCAACAACAAGGAGAUUGAGAAAUUUGAAUUAUGGUACCAAAGGUUGUAUUCAGCUUCUUUCUAAAUUUUGUUGCCAUUUUAGUGCUCCUCCUUCCACAAACUGCAGAUGCACAAGGCUUGAAGAUAGGGUUUUACAGUAAAACAUGCCCCAAAGCAGAAGCCAUUGUUUUGCAGGAGAUGACAGAGGUCAUCAAGGUUGCACCAAGUCUUUCUGGUCCAUUGCUGAGGAUGCACUUCCAUGACUGUUUUGUCAUGGGAUGUGAUGGUUCAAUUCUCUUGAACUCUAGCAAGAAUACAGCUGAAAAGGAUGCUCCACCAAAUCUCUCCCUCCGAGGUUAUGCUGUAAUUGAUCGUGUGAAGGCCAAGCUUGAGAAGUCUUGUAAAGGAAUUGUCUCCUGUGCUGAUAUCCUUGCUCUUGUUGCUAGAGAUGUUGUACGCCUGACAAAUGGGCCAUUUUGGCAAGUUCCAACAGGAAGGAGAGAUGGAAACGUCUCACAAGCAUCUGAUGCAUUAGCAAACCUCCCACCACCCAUCGCAAACAUCUCUUCAUUGAAAGCUUCCUUUUCUAGUAAAGGUCUUAAUACCAAGGACCUAGUAGUUCUAGCAGGUAGUCACACAAUUGGAACAUCUCACUGCACUUCGUUCUCGAACCGGCUUUAUAACUUCACCGGGAAGGGCGAUUCCGAUCCGGCUCUUGACAAGAACUACGUUGCUGCUUUGAAGAAGAAAUGCAAACCCAAUGAUGCCACAACUCUGGUUCAAAUGGAUCCAGGGAGCUCCAAAUCAUUUGACAAUGGCUAUUUCACUCAAGUGUCCAAAAGGAGAGGACUCUUCCAAUCAGACUCUGCUCUUCUUCAAGACCCUCAAACCAAGGACUAUGUCCUUAACAAGGCCAGUACUUCAUUCUUCAAAGACUUCCCUGUCUCCAUUGUUAAAAUGGGCAAGAUUGGAGUGCUCACUGGCAACAAAGGAGAAAUCAGACAACACUGUGCUUUAGUCAAACUAAUUAUAAUCAUGCACUCUAGUUAAUUAGUUUGUUUGAAAUUAAGUGGCAAAAAUAAUAAUAUGUACUCAUUCCUUAAUUAUCUUUAGGAUAUCUGAAUUUCUUUUAAUAAAA